AUGCAAAGAAAUGUUUUCAUGGGCGCCACAUAUCGAGGUCGUCAAAAUAUUUGGGCUUUGAAUCUUAUGACACAAACAUUUUUUAAAGAUAUCAAAAAGAUUUUGCCGACAACUCAAGUAGCUUCUUAUGCCACUAGAAAAUCUCUUUUGCGAUUUUUAUGCUGUUUUGUUGUUGUUGCUUGCAAGAAUAUUUAUAUUCGAUUAAUUAACAAGCAUCGUUGUAUGUUUUUCUUUCAUUCUCAACAUUUUAACUUGACAGACGUUCACCGUUUAUUAGCUUAG